AUGUUGGGGAUGCAUCCCAGUUCAGCCACCACGACGCCCUUUUCAGUGAAGGAUAUUUUGAAGCUGGAGCACCACUUUGAAAAUGAAUUCUUGAUCACCGAUCAAGUUGUUCCGAUGCAGUUUCAGGACGUGCACGGUGCGUCCCGGAGCAGGCACAUUUAUGAGUGCCAGCCUGAGCCGUGCGUCCCUAGGAUGCAGGAGAAUCUGGAUAUUCACAACUCUGCAGCAGAAGAGGAGAUGAAUGAACACGAGAUAAGCGGACUCGACAGUUCACCUGACUGUGACAAAGACUCAAAAAGCAGACCCAGGCAGCGCAGGAAGCCCCGGGUCCUCUUCUCCCAGUCCCAGGUGUCGGAGCUGGAGAGGCGCUUCAGACAGCAGCGCUACCUGUCCGCCCCGGAGAGGGAACACCUGGCCCACAUGCUCAAACUCACCUCCACGCAGGUCAAAAUCUGGUUUCAGAACAGGAGGUACAAAUGCAAGCGCCAAAGGCAGGACAAGUCUCUGGAGCUGGCGGGGUACCCGGCUGCACCGAGGAGGGUGGCGGUGCCGGUGCUGGUGCGGGACGGGAAGCUGUGCAGCGCGGGCACACAUUCAGCAUCUUAUAAUGUGACUCUUGGACAUUAUAAUCCCGUGUUUGGAUAUGCAAACAGCGGCGCGUAUGGCUGCAGCUACCACAGUGCGCCUCCUUCAGCCAGCACUCACCAGCUGGCCGAGCUAACAGGGAGCAGCGAGGGGCCCUUCAGCCACGGACACUUCCAGGCGUCAUUACAGGGUGUGAGAGGCUGGUGA